AAAAAAAAACACAACAACAGUAAAGGUGCGCAUCGCUGUGACUGGUUAAAGAGCGGGUGAAGUAUGUCUAAAUCUACUGAGCAGACUGAUUUUGUACCCAAUAUCUUCAGAGAACAACAGUACGAUCUAAUAAAGAAAAUCCAUCAACGGCUUCAUAAAGAUCAGGCCAAAGCAGAGGAGGUGAGUGACACGAGGGUUAAGUAUGAGGAGGAAGAUACACCACCACAACGGCUAACCAGGGCUGAUGUGAGGAAGAUCCUAGGCGACCCCUUACCAUUGCCUUAUAAAAUAUACAAGAGAAAUACCAUAGAUGAGGUGGCACCGUCACAGCGUGGGCCGCCUUCACCUACCGGGGUUCUCUUUCAAAAAGGUAAACAACCAUUAUCAACAGAGGCCCAUAAUCGCUUACAGGAUUCGAUCAGGAAGUUGCAAAAACUUGAUGCACACAAUGCGAAGGAAGAAUCAACGACACCUUUCCAGACCAUUCCAGUCACAUCUUUGUCAAAAGCGCUCGAACUACCGAUACCCAUGGCCAGAGAUAAGUUCAAGACUCCAAGUCCCCCUUCAAUCUCUACGAGGAUAAGGAAUUCGAACGCACAGAGACGAUUACUCCAAAGAUUCCAUGCAGAGAUGGAGCCAAAGGUGAUGAAGAUACCGAAUAAAGGGCUCCUGAGUGAGUCAGCAAAUGUAGGCAGAGGUAGAUCCAUCAUCACACUUGCUGUGUUUUUCACACUGUUAUUCUGCCUACACUACGCACUGACACAGCGCUAAUGACUCUCUUCGUAUAAGGACAAUUAAUUGUAUUACUACUGUUACCAUCA